GCAUCCCCAGUGCUGGAUUCAGAGGGACUCACUUCCCUUCACUCUGCACUCAUCUUCUUGCACCACAGCUACGGUGAUUCUUCUCCUCUUCGUCUUCUACUCUGUUUAGAAGGAGCAGCCAUGUAUCUCCAGCCGUGCACUCCAUCCACUGGAGGCAGCAGAAGGAGCUACAGCUCAUGCUCUGCCAUUGGUGCAGGUGGAGGAGGCAGAGUCAGGAGUAGCUACAGCUCCUAUACCUCCUCCAGGGGCUAUGGAGGUGGCGGACGUUGUGCAGGGUUUGGCAGCAGGAGCUUGCAUAAUCUAGGUGGAGGUGCAAGGAUUUCUGUGGGGAGCUCUUACGGUGGAGGAUUUGGGUGUAGAAGUGGUGGCUUUGGUGGUGGAAUUGGUGUCGGGUUGGGCGGCUAUGGAGGAGGACCGUGUGGCUUUGGAGGAGGCGCGGGCGGCUAUGGAGGAGGAGUGGGCGGCUUUGGAGGAGGACCGUGUGGCUUUGGAGGAGGAGCGGGCGGCUUUGGAGGAGGAGUGGUCGGCUUUGGACCUGGCUAUGGACCUGGCUUUGGACCUGGCAGACCUUUGCAGCCUGGAGGCAUCCAGCCCGUUCAAAUUGACCCAAGCCUCCUGCAACCGAUCAAUAUCGAGAUUGACCCCCAUAUCCAACAAGUGAAAACUCAGGAGACGGCGCAGAUCAAGGUCCUCAACAACAACUUUGCAACCUUAAUCAACAAGGUCCAGUACUUGGAACAACAAAAUAAAGUUCUGGUCACCAAGUGGGACCUCUUACAACAGCAAGGCGGAACAAUUAUUAAGAAGGACUUAACGCCCUUGUUUGAGAAUUUUAUCCAAGCCUUGAGGAGGAAGCUAGAUGGACUCCAAAGUCAGAAGGGACAACUGCAGUCAGAACUGGAUAACAUGCAGCAGUAUGUCGAGGAGUACAAGCGCAAGUACGAAGAAGAAAUCAACAGGCGCACAAGUGCUGAGAAUGAAUUCGUGGUGCUCAAGAAGGAUGUGGAUAAUGCCUACAUGGUUAAAGUAGAGUUGGAAACAAGGGUGCAAGCUCUGACUGACGAAAUCAACUUCCUGAGAUUUGUAUUUGAGCAGGAAAUAUCUCAGUUGCAGACGAUAAGUCGUGACUUGUCAGUGGUUGUAUCCAUGGAUAACAGCAGAACUCUAGAUCUGGACGGCAUCAUUCAGGAAGUCCGCAAUCAAUAUGAGGAGAUUGCUCGGAGUAGCAGAGCUGAGGCAGAGGCUUGGUACCAGUCUAGGUAUGAAGAGCUGCAGAGCACAGCUGGAAGACACGGGGACAACUUGCGCAACACCAAGAUAGAGAUCCAAGAGCUAACAAGGAAUGUCCAGAGGAUACGGUCUGAAAUUGAAAGUGUGAAGAAGCAGAUCGCACAGCUACAGUCUGCCAUCGCCGAAGCAGAGGAGAAGGGCGAGUUGGCCCUCAAGGAUGCUAGGACAAAACUGGACGAUCUUGAACAUGCCCUGCAGAAAGACAAGGGGGAUCUGGCUAACUUAUUGAAAGAGUACCAGGAUCUGCUGAAUGUCAAACUUGCCCUGGAUAUCGAGAUCGCCAUGUACAGGAAACUGCUGGAAGGAGAAGAGUCCAGGCUAGCCAGAGGCCAGUCUCACGUGAAUGUCUCUGUCGUUGGUGGAGGCGGAGGAGGCAUCGGGGGUGGAUUUGGCAGCGGAAGCGGAGGCGUCAUCUGUGGCGGUGGAUAUGGCGGCGGAAGCGGAGGCGUCGUCUGUGGCGGUGGGUUCGGUGGCGGUGUACUCGGCGGCGGAAGCGGAGGGGUCAUCUGUGGCGGUGGACUCGGCGGCGGACUCAGUGGAAGCGGAGGGGUCGUCUGUGGCGGCGGAUUCGGCGGCAGAAGCGUUGGAGGCGGUGGCUUCUCUUCUGGGAGUGGAAGGAUCUACGGCGGCGGCAGCAGCGGCAUCUGCUCCAGCGGCGGUUCCUCCUCGGUCGUACGGAGAUGCACCACGUCUUUCUCCUCCAAAUCCGGUUCAGGAGGGUACUGAGCACUGGAGCCAGGCCCCAGAAAGAAAAAAGCAUCUUUUUAUCUUCAAAUGGCAGCAGCACACCCCACCUAACCCAACUCUGGUAUCCAGAAAAGAAACGAACUGUAUCCCUUACAGCCCACACCCUCAAAUCCCCACCUGAUCCCCACCGCCUCUUCCCUGAAGGGAGGGAGGGAGCCACACGCCAUCCUGGCAGCAACACCUGCCGGGCUUAAGCCAAACGUCCAUGUCAAUUGAAACGCACCCACUGAUUAAAUGUGAUAAGACCCUGUAAAGAGAUGCAUCACUUGAGGAUAUCAGUAAGCCGCGAGCUGAUUUAGAGGAGGGAGAGCUCUGCCCCUCUGGGUGUGCUGUAGAUUUUUGGCUGUUGUGGCUGUCAAGGGGUAAUGUGUAUAAAACUCAACUUUCCUUCUCUUUUCCUAGCGCUUCGUCCGAAAUGGCUAUAUUUUUCUUGGGUGCUAUUGUAUUUACUGUGCCUUGCAUCUCCUGUUUGCGUGCUUUACAAAUAGGUCUGAGUUGCGGUCAAUGUGGGGAAAAAUUAGAAUCCAUCUUCAGCUGAGUUGAGGAGUUAGCAAAGUUUGUGUGGCUAUCUAGACACGACAGGCUUCCCCUUAAGGAAUGAUUAGGCAGGUUUGUUAUUUUGGGUAUCCAAAGACAGGCUCUAACCAACAUUCACCAUAAACAAGUGGGUACCAAUUCCACUCAUCCCCCAUCCUCCUUUAGUUGCACCUGAUUCCACCGGAUGUAUUUGUGCCUUUAUUGUAAAGACAACAGAGCAAACUAUUCACUGCAAAACAUUCUGUGAUGUAGAAUAUGCUGUACUGUCACCAUUUACCUACCUUUCCUACUCAUGGGGCGUUCCAUUUUCUUGGGGCGUGACCAUUUGCAAUAAACUGCAGACAAGUCA